UGGACGAAAGUGUGACAGAACCUUAAGAACGUCGAGAAGGAAAACCUACCGUUUUUAUGUAAGAGAAUAUUGGAUCUAUGUAUUCAUGCAGUUGUUUUUAAACAGUGCUGUGUUUUACUUUUUUUUGUUAGGGGGGGAAAAAAAUAUCGAUUUUUUAUUUAUUUUUAAACACCCUGACCGGAAAAGUUUAGAGCGAAUAGUGGGUGAGUUUCGCACCAUUGAUUAAUGGGCGCUGAAGUUCUGAUUGGUCGAAAGCGUCGUCAGCCGGGUUGCUCGACCAAUCACCGUGCAGCGAGGAAAGGCUGGGCGGGACCAAGUGUGGAGGCGAAGGGAUAUAUACAUAGCAAAGACAGUUUUCGCACAACUAUGCUCGGAAGUUGUAGCUCGCAGUUUUUCCCCGUCUAAACAAUUUUUUUCCCUCCUCCGUCGUCCACUCGUAUUUUUUUAUUUUACCCUUUCAGAAAACACUCCGCUUGCUUGAGAGAGAACUACUGGGAGAAAAAAAAUGGAGCGCUCCGUGAGGGUCGAGGGGCUCGAUAUGGAGGCGAGCGCCGAGGACAUCCGGGACUUUUUCGCCCGUUUGCACACAACCGUGGGCCGCGUCUACAUCCUGGGAGGACCGCAGCACGAGGCAUUGAUUGAGUUCGCGUCCGGAAACGAUGCUCAACGCGCAGUUCACUACAGCGGGCGUUUCCUGAAAGGCUCAAAGGUGAUUUUACACCCGAGUAAUAUUUCAGAGGUGAAACGGAAACUAACGUACUUUUGGAAUAAGAAGAACAAACGUUCCCUCAGUGAAUCUCUGCCGCAUGUCGAAGAAAGGUCCCUGGGACCUGGUGUUAUUCUCCCACAGACAUCACCUGAUGAACGUCGUGACCCGAGAACUGCACCACCACCUGUAGCCGACGACGUGAUCCAGACUUCCGACAAGCCCGGUGAUCCUAGAACUGCGCCAGCCCGUUCUCCCACAAUUUCAUCACCUCCUGAUCACACUGAAGUUUUACAGACUUCCGACAAGCCCCGUGAUCCCAAACUAUAUUCGCAUAACGCUCCUAAUGGGUCUUUGCAGACCUUCUAUAAGUCAAAUGAUCCUCGAACACCCCCCAUUGUCAAUGCAGGUCCACAGAUGUGUGAUAAGCCAUGCGAUCCCAGAACAACCGUUGCCAGUGGGUAUCCACAGACGUGUGAAGAGUCACACGAACCCAGAAUUUCGUCACCUAUUGUUCCGAGUGAUUUUCUACAGACUGCUGAUAAGACGCCAACCCCCGAGGUUUAUAAACCUUUUGUUCCCAGUCUUUGUCCACUGAGAUGUGACAAACCACUUUAUACAGCUUUUUCCGGUCCUGUUGAGAGCAUACAGACUUCUGAUGAGUCACAGGCACGGGACCCUUUACGGAAUGCGUUUCUUUUGGGGGUUUGUACUGUGUUGGAAAGUCUCCAGUCCUAUCAAAGUGAACAGCGGGAGGUUUUGCCAGACCUUGACCGGCAAGAGGACAGCAGCGCAAUUACACCAAAAACACAGGUAUCGAUGCCAGGCUACGUGAGGCUGUUUGGACUGCCAGCCUCGACCACAAAGGAGGACAUUUGUUCUUUCUUCAAAGGGCUGAAGGUGGAGGAAGUCGUAGUAAACAUGAAGUUGGAACACCGUCACGUGUGCCUCGUCAAGUUUUCCCGCAAGCAAGAGUCUGUUGAUGCGCUGCAGUUUAACAACAAGUACAUGGGGCCCAUCUGUGUGGAGGUACGCAAAGCCACAGAGAUGAUGUGGAACCUAGCGAUAGAAGAAUGUGAAAAUGCUCACGCAGAGAAGUGUGAGAGAAACUCCCUCACAGACUUGGCAAACCGCAAACAUAAACUCAGGUCGGAGGACAAAUGCAACCCCACGAAAAAACCCAGACUUACCGGUCCAAGUAAAGAGUAUAUUGUCAAGGUCUGCAAUCUCCCUCUAGCGACAACUAAGACUGAUUUAAGGAGAUUGUUUAAAUGUCAUGAAAUAGCAAGGUCAAAAAUACAACAUCUACUCGACAAGAAUUGCAACAGAACAGACACAGCUUUUCUCAUUUUCAACCAGAAGGCAGAUUAUGAAUAUGCACUGACGCAUGAUGGCUUGCUCGUUGGCUCAGGACACAUAGAAGUGUCAGCAAUAAGCAGAGGUGAGAUGAAGGAAAUGCAAAGGGAAAAACACUGGCCUAAGAACACUUGGAAGAGGACAACCCACACAGGAAGUGAGAUGCUGGGAAAGAAACUGAAUCCCGACACAAAAACAUGCCUAUUGGUUCAGAACAUGCCUGAAUGCAUGAAGGAAAGCCUGAUAAAAAAGCUUGCCUACAAAGUCGCAACAGACGAUAUAACUAUUUUAAGUGACGAUGGCAAAGCUUCUUGCACGGCCAUGGUGCAGUUUAAAUCAUUGAAACUUGUUUCCAUGGCCUGUAAACUCAGCCAAGAGUUGCUGGGAGAAAGCGCGAUUAUAAAGCUGAUUACUACGACUCAAAUGAACAACUUUGCCAACGAGGGACUGCAUUAAUGGCGUAGCUGUAAACUGGAAGUCUUAACUUAAAAAAAAAAUAAUAAUUUUAAAAAGUCAUCGCCACAGAUUGAAACUUUUUUCUAGGUCCUCUGACCUAAAUUGUCAUAGCACCCCAACCCCUAAUGCCCCUGUCUCAAAGGCAGUUUUUGGACUGGUGCCUUGGACAAAGCAGCAUUUCAUCAUAAACAUCAUCCAUGAGACUGUCUUGAAGGAACUGCAUUUGUCUCGUGUAGGGUUGCAGACAACUUUGUUUUGUUCAUGAAGAUCUUUUUGUUACAACCCGUUACAGGGACACUUGUAUGUUGUCAAAUAUAGCAAGUAGAAAACCUUUUAUGUAAUUUGUUUAUUGCAGGGAUUGAACAUUUUUAUGCUGUGGCAUAAUCGGCAAACAACCUGCCCACCCAUCCAUUUUCUGUAUUCAAAGUAAAAGUAAAUGUUUUUUUUACAGACCUAAAAUAGUCAAAAAUAAAAAGUUUACUAAAAGAAUUUAUGUACAAACAGUUACUCCUAAAUGUUCACUCCAAAUGGACACAUUGUGAAGACCAAUGUCUUGAGGUGUUACAUCAUCUCUAGAAUCUGAGGGGCCCAUCCAAGAACCGAUACUGACCUGGAGAAAAACAAAAUGGGGAAUGACAAUUAAAACAUCAGACAAGGACGUGCCAUGUUAAUUUGAACUUGUUUCUAAGAGUAUUCAUUGUUAACAAUUUAAACUGUCACAAAGUUCUAACAGUAUCAUCGUUUACAAUUUAACGGUCACAAAGUUCAACGAGAUGGAUGUUCGUGGUAACAAACCUGUGGCUGAAUAUAAGCUUAAACAGCACAAGCCGUGAAGCCCAGACCACAUUUUUAGUUGAAUUUGAAUAAAGUGUCACAGUGCAAA